GAGAGCGAAAAAUCUCUCGUCAGCCAAUGGCCGGCAGCUGGCGCAGAGAGUGUAUAAGACCCUGAAGCGUGUAGCUCAACAGAAUCGCUAGCUUUUUGCCAACGACCAAGAGGUAGCUCCUGCUCCUCACGUUUGUAGCGUGAGCCAUCCUACGGCAGCAACCAAGAGCCAAAGCUGCAAAGCUCCAAGCGAGAAGCCUCCGUCCCUUCUCGACGACCUGCAACUACUCGAGCUACUCAACUGGCUAGCUAGCUCAGACAGAAGCCGGGUGGCGGCGGUCGGCGCGAGCGAUCGGCGGCGAGCGCAUGGGCAACGCCCUGGGGUGCGCCGGCCUCGGCGAGCGGCUGGCGGCCGCCGCGAGGGACGGCGACGCGGCGGAGGUGCGGCGGCUGCUGGAGGCGAACCCGGGGCUCGCGCGGUGCGCCGCCUUCGGCAGCCUCAACUCGCCGCUCCACCUCGCCGCGGCCAAAGGACACCACGAGAUCGCUGUGUUGCUGCUGCAGAACGGAGCUGACGUGAACGCCCGGAACAUUUACGGACAGACGGCGUUGAUGCAAGCGUGCCGGUUCGGCCACUGGGAGGUGGUUCAGACGCUGCUGGUUUUCAGAUGCAACGUGUCGAAGGUGGACAGCCUCAGCAGCCGGACGGCGCUGCACCUGGCGGCGGCCGGCGGGCACGUCAAGUGCGCCAGGCUGCUGCUGGCCCCGGCCGCCGGCAACGGCGGCAGGUUCGUGAACAGGGCGGCCAGCGGCGGCGUCACGGCGCUGCACCUCGCCGCGCUGCACGGCCACGUCGAGUGCACGCACCUGCUCAUCGACGAGCACGCCGACCUCGCCGCGCAGACCCUCCCCUGCGUCGCGUCGCCGAUGGGGUCCAUCGGCGCCGGCAGCACCCCGCUGCACUAUGCCGCCGCGGGCGGCGAGGUCAAGUGCUGCCAGAUUCUCGUGUCGCGAGGCGCCGACAGAACUGCCGUCAACUGCAACGGGUGGCUCCCGGUUGAUGUCGCCAGGACGUGGGGCUGCCACUGGCUGGAGCACGUGCUGUCCCCGAAGUCGCACCUGCCGAUCCCCAAGUUCCCGCCGUCGGGCUACCUGUCGUCGCCGCUCGCCAGCGUGCUCAGCCUCGCAAGGGAUUGUGGCCUGGUUCUGAACACGUCGUCGGAGUUUUCAGACGGCGUCGUCGACGACGGCGACGCUUGCGCAGUCUGCCUGGAAAGACCCUGCAACGUUGCUGCCGAAGUGUGCGGGCACGAGCUGUGCGUCAAGUGCGCGCUGGACCUGUGCUCGGUGAUAAAGUCCUACGACGUGCCGGGGAUCGCCGGCAGCAUCCCGUGCCCGCUCUGCCGGAGCGCGAUCGCCUCGUUCAGGAAACAGGCAGCCUCGGAAGCAGAGGACGGGCUCGAGCCUGAGCUGAGCCCCGCCUGCUCCGGCGGCGGCCACUGCAAGAGCUGCAGCAGCGCCGGUGACCACCAGGCGUCGUCCAGCCCGGAGAAGAAACGAAGCACGGAUUCGGAUCAGCCCAUCCUCCCCCUCUACUCCCCCUCUCCUCCCGCCGUCCUGUCCUGAGCUCCCGAUCGAUCAAGGAUCUGCAGCUCGAUGCGUGUUAGCAGAUGCAGAGGAGCUGCAUCACCGUUAGAAAAUGUGCAGUAUUAUGCAAGUACAGAUUGGUAGAUGCUCAGAGACAGACAGAUUGUUUGAUUCUCUUGCGUUCGUUGUGCUAAUCGAUGGCAUGCAGAUCAUUUUAUGGUGGUGUACAUGGUAUGGGUGUAACGUGUACGUCUGAUUGGUUUGUUCUAGAAAGGAACUAAAAAAAGAACAUUCUUUACUGUAAAGGUUCUGGAUUUUGGCUCAUGAUCCUUUGCUUCUGUUCAAGAAUUUGUGGAAUUGGAAUUUCGUUUGAAA